AUGUCCUACUACGGCGACGACGACUACGACUACAUCCGGCGAAGGCGACCAUCACCCCACCGCUACCGCUCAGACAGGCGCGCCAACCAGCUCCUCAGCCCACACAUAGAUGGAGGUGGGCUGCACCGCUCUCGCUCACAAGGCGGUGCGCCGGUGCCUGUGGUGAACGUCUACAAUGACAUGAUUCAAGACGGCAGCUUCCGGAACAACUCACGAUCACCACCUUCCUCUCGCGGCUCUGACCAUCGCUCCGACUAUCGCGGGCACGGCAGACUGGGCGAUGACCUCGUGGAUGACUUCGCAGACCUUGCCUUGGAGAAUAGAAGACUACGGUCGCGGUCGCGUGGCCGAUCGGAUGCAGGUGUGUUGAGCCGGAGAGAUGAUCUGCUGGAGUACGAGCUGCGCGAUCGCGACAGGCGGCUGCAGGAAAUUGAGAGGAGAGAGAUGCUGCAGAGAGAGGAAGACAGGAUGAAAGAGAAGUACGAGUUGCAGCGGGUGAAAGAAGAGGCUAAGAGGAAGGCAGAUGAGGAGGAGGCGAAGGCAGAGAGAAAGCGCAUCAUUGACGAGUACGAGAGAAGACAGCGUGAGGAUGAGGAAGACAGGAAAGAAGAGGAGAGGCGGAUACGAGAGAAGAUUGAGCGAGAAAAGAAGGAGGCCAAGGAAAGAGAGGAGCGCGAGUGGGCUGAGUUCCUGCAAAAACAGAAGGAGAAGGAGGCAAAAGAGAAGGCUGAAAAGAAGGCCGAAGAGGAGAGGGUGGAGGACGAGAUGCGGAAGCGGCUAUCCAAGCAUGGAUAUACGUACGACCAGAUCGAGCGCAUGAUCAAGGACAAAAAGGACGAGCCGACAACAAGCAACAUGACGACCACGACCACGAUGACGAGAACUUACGGCUCACAUCGCCCGACCUACGCCAAGAUCCAUCGCGACUUCAUCUCGAUCGAUACGUUGACGUAUUAUGAUAUUCCGUACGAAUAUGAUAGCGCUGACCGCAAUUACAUCAUCAUCCUCCGCGAGAUGGACAAGUACGAGACAGAGGUGUUGUUCGAGCAUACGAGGCGGUUGCGGGCCGGCAAAUUGCUGCUCGAGCCUCCGAAGAAGGAGAAGGACUUUGCGUGGUAUCGGAAGCGGGAUCGGAGUUCGAGUCGAGUGAAGAGGGUUGGGAUCUUGGAACUCUCGAAAUGA